CGACUUGCUGGUGUGCAUGCUAGCUCGUAUGGUGGUGAGAUCCACCAUCCAUCAAGAACGAUCUCUGUAAGGAUGAGCCUCUCGGCGCCAGUCGGGAGACGGUACUUCCGGUAGGAACAUGCAGCCAGGACCAAACACCGCGUGCGGCUGGCCUCUUAACUCAGUAAUCACGGUGAGUCGUAACGACAGGCAUUUUGAUGACUUUACUACUGCAUUUGCUUCAAAGUUGGGCGUGGACCAUGUCGGGUAUGAGGACAACUGACAAACAGCACUGAAGCGACGUUUGAAAGCCGAAUUUCUCCCAUCUAUCUUACAAUCCUACACAGUCGAAGGCCACCACGAAACAUUGCCUGGCGAUACUUUCGCGUUGCGCAAUCAAGAUGGGCAUCUUAAAAGACCUUGAGACAUUCAUGGUCAACACUGGCCAUCUUAGAGAGGCCGGCAUUCCAUCAGUGUCAGUGGCUUAUCUCGAUGAUCCUCUAAGUCCGAUACAGCACAACGUCACUUCGAGAGGCGAAGAGAAUUGCGAAACGAUAUACCAAGCCUGCAGCAUAUCGAAGGCGAUAACAGCGUUAGCUGUCGCCAAGCUUGUGGACCAAGGCAGAUUGAAAUACGAGACCAAGGCCAUCGACCAUAUCCCAGCAAACAUCAUAAACGCUAUUGUCGACGAUAAUACAAGACAUUUGCUACGAUAUGUGACGAUAGCCAUGCUUCUCAGCCAUCGGUCCGGCUUGUCCCAACAUGGCUUUCCCGGAUAUAUGGGCGAGCCUGCGAAGUACGCGGAGAUUUUUACUGGCAAGCCGCCUUCCAACACACCGCGAAUACGGUUUGACAGCUUUCCUGGGAGUUGCUUCAGCUACUCGGGAGGAGGCUUUACCCUUCUACAGUUAGUACUGGAGCAGAUCACUUGGACACCGUUCGCCGACCUGAUGCAGGAAAUGGUAUUGACGCCAUUAAAUAUGCAUCGAAGUCGCUAUGGCGAUCCCGCUCCUGGCGACAAUAACUAUGCCAGAGCACAUGUGACUGCCUUCACACCCGGCACUCCCUCACCUCGGGGCUACCAUCGAUUUACGGAGCUUGCAGCAGCUGGACUUUGGACGACCCCUUCGGAUCUACUCAAAGCGACUUCCGCAAUACAGAAAUCGCUCUAUUCAAACGACGGCUUCCUGACUACCAAGACAGCACGCAAGAUGCUCAGUCUCGCAGCUCCUCAUGAUGAAAACUCAUCGAUGGGUCUUGGAUGGGCUCUGAACGAGACGUUCUUCGGGCAUUCGGGAGACAACGAUCCAGGAUAUACCUGCUACGUGCUUUCCACGCACAGAAUCAAAGAAAUACCUGAAUGCAUUAACAACCCUCGCCUCAUGAGCCUCGCCAUCAUGACGAACUCCGCCCUCGGGUGGCCGGUAAUCAAGAAAUUGGUAGCGGCAAUAUUUGCGUUCCGAGGUUGGCCACAGUACGAUAAACUGCCCGGUUGUGGAAAACUGACCGACAUUGUGCCUUACCCUGUUCCCGAAGGUGUCAACUUUGGAGACUUGUGGACUGAUUUUAUUGGCACAUGGACAGCGCGAAAGAAACCGCCACAGUCCAGGAACUCGCCACCGACACCAACGAUCUCUGUGACACCGGCGAAUGCGUUUCACUCUUUCCAGUCUCCACAAAUUCAAAGUCCCGAUGGUCGCGUUCAAACGCCCACUCUCCUUGUGAAUUCACUGAAUCUGGGAGGCGUUGGUACGGGAACAAAGACACCAACCAGCACAAACUCAAAUGAAGUGACUGUAGGAGAGUGGGAACUCUUCUCGGAUAAUGGCAUCCCCAUGCUUGCCUUCGAAGGCGUUGGUGAAUCAAUGCGACUACACCCAGGUGCGGCUCCGUGGUACAGGUUAGGUGGCCGCGUCGUCCAGACUUUCAGUGUGAUUGGACUUGAGCUGGCGAUCAGAUUGUGCUCGAACAAGAAGUACCUGGACUGGGGUGUCAUGAAUGGGGGUUCUCCUGGUGGUGGUGCUGGAUGGCAUGCUGUUCCGGUAGGCGGUGGUGGACAAGAUGGUGGUGCGGAGGACGAAUUGUGGAUUGAAUUGGUCCAAGGAAAUGAUGGGGAUGUGGUAACAUUGAGGAGAGUAGGGUGAGAAUAAGAAGUGACACACGUUGUACGAGAUUGCGAAAGCUUGUAAAAAAAACCGGGUGGUUGUGUAACCAUCGCCUCCAUCAUCCAGAAUUUAGCGUUCAGAUUAAAAUCACGAAAAGACAAAAUCUCAACUCCUCCC